AUGGGCAACGAUAUGUUCUUCGCACUUACACCUUGUGAUUUGAUAAAAGUUUGUUUUGAAGAAGUUAUGAAUAACACCCUGGAACAUAUUACAAAAGAGAGUAUCAGAAAACAAGUGUGGGAUUAUUUGGAAAAACACAAUUUGGCACUAUUUCCUCGCCCUGUCCAUGGUAGAAUUCCAAAUUUUAAAGGAAGUGAAGCUGCUGCACAGAAACUGGCAGAUUUGGAAGUAUUUAGAAAUGCAAAAUGCAUCAAAAUUUCACCUGAUAAACCACAAGAACCAGUGAGAAGACAAGCAUUGCAGCUACGGAAGGAAGUGUUAAUGCCUAUUCCUCGUUUGCGGAGUGGACUUUUUGUCAGGCUUACACCUCACAGUUUUAGUAAUGACGACAUCAAAUACGCUUCCACCAUAAACGGAGCGAAGGAGCUCGGUCGACCAGUUGGAUUAGAUGCCGUUUUGACAAUAGAUAUCCUCAUAUUGGGUUCAGUCGCCGUGUCUUCUCAAGGUUUUAGAAUAGGAAAAGGAGAAGGUUUUGCAGACUUGGAAUAUGCUAUUUUGAUGGAAAUGGGUGCGAUAAAUGAAUCAACUCCAGUUAUUACUACAGUUCAUGAUUGUCAGGUGUUUGAGGAUCUGCCCCAGAACUUAUUCAAAGAACACGACACUUUGGUUGAUAUAAUAGUGACACCUACUCGGGUAAUACACACGACGGCCAGAACAAAUAAUUUACCACGACCCCAUGGAGUUAUAUGGAGCCUACUUACACCAAAGCAAGUGGCGGACAUGCCAAUUUUGCAAAUUCUAAGAAAGAAGCAUAUUUCAAAUGGAGAACUAUGCAGCCUGAAAUCUAUAUCAUAUCAGUUAUCUUUACGGAUUACUAAUAUACCCAAGACAACGAGGGUACGGGAACUAAAGGAUCUUCUUGCAUCCAACGGAAUAAAACCCUCCUCUAUAACAUGGCAUGGCGCUACAGGCUCGGCAAUUCUGCACUAUGAUGAAAGUCAUGGUCAGAACACACAUCAGGUCAACAAGGAUCAUAUUUGUUCGGUGUUGAACACCCUGAAAAUUGGAAGCAAUCAGUUGAGAGUGAACUCCGAAAAUGUGUCUUGAUUUAAUGUUUUUGAUUAUUAAUGCAUUGUGUUAUACUUUUUAAUUUGUCUAAUAUUAUUGUGCUAUAUCUGUAACAAUAGAUUUAUUAUUAAUAAAGCAAACUCUGAGUGAACA